GAAAAAGAGGUGGAGUCCAGCGCGAGGAAACAGCUUGAAAACAAGCUGACGCCUCGCUCGAGCUGUGGAACCUGAUCACGACUGUGGCGUCUCUAACUACGCGCUGAGAUUAUUUCAUUUGGCAGUUUUAAGGGACUUUGGCAGCGCGCCUUGACCGUCGGGAAGGCCAAGAAAGAACAUUUUGGGAAGCUGGCGUCAUGGCUCUACUGGACUUCCUGCGCUGGAGAGCUGCCACACUACUGCUCCUGUUUGUCGCCGGGUUGGACUGCAUAUCGGUGCACAUCCCCAACGAUGAGCCCAUGUACGUCAUCCCGGACUCUACCCUGGUCGUCCGCGCCCACAUCCAGUACGGCUCUCCGGACGAGCUGACAGGCGUCACCUGGGAGCGGCGGCCCGAGAGCGGCGCCCCCGAUGGGCGGGCCGCGCUGGCCACCUGCCCCGGGGGGAGCCCCCCGCAACCUGUCCAAUGCACCGUCACCCGGCCCAACGCGCGCGCCAGCCUGGAGGAGCAGGCCAGCGUCCUGCACAUUAGCCAUUUCGCAAAAGCUGACGCGGGAAUCUAUGCUGUCACCGUGACGAGUAAGGCCGGACAAUCCAGCACGGCACUCGUUAUCGUCCGAGAAUACGAGGCGGUGCACCACGUGUCGGUGAGCAUCAACGUGUCACACUCGUCGUUGGUGUGCGGUGAGGCAUGGGGCACGGAGCCUCAGUUCAGCUGGCUGCACGAGCGCGACGCCGUCACCGGCAGCGUGGGCCGCGUAUCCCCCGACGGCGCCACCCUGGUGGUCACCAAGGUGCCCAUUUGCGGCCACUUCACCUGCGUGGUCAGCAACAAGCUGGGCUACAGCUCUGCCACCUACACGGCCGCACCUUGUGAAUCAGGCGGCAUCAGUGGAUCGACGGUGGCUGUCAUUUGUCUGGUGGUGCUGCAGAUCUUAGGAGCAGGCCUGGCAUUUCUACUCUGGAGACGCUACCGAAACAGGAACCGAGGAGACAGGCUGCGAGAACAUUUGGACGACAAUAUUUAAACAGCGCCAAAAGGGAGUACAGGAAAUGUGCAUAAUUAAUUUGAGGAAGUUUUUCAAUGUCUCCAACAGGACUUGUUCUAUAAUAUCACGUGUAUAGUCUUGAACUACACUGCCCCCUGCUGGGUCACAUGUGAAACUGCGUGUUGAAGCCAAUCAGUCAUCCGGAACACUAAAUAGAACACACACCAAAGUAGAAAGUUGCAGUUAUUUUAAAAAAGAUGCGAUGUGGAAAUUCUCCACUCCUUCUCUGAAAAAUAAAGCAGAAAUGUUUCUAAA